AUGAUGGACCUACUAGGUUCAUACUACCUCACAGGCAACGAGACGGAACAGGCCAGGAACCUCUUCGACGACCUGCAAAUGGGAGAGAAGGGGCAUGCUAGCGAAACCUUCCCAGAGUUCAAGGCUCGUUUCCAAAGUGCAGCUAUCAUAGGACAAGUCUCCGAGUCAGAAUGGUUUCAGUACAUGUGGAACAAGUUGACUCCCCAAUUCCGCAGCUGCGUCGCGAUCAUUAAAAACCAAUGGAAUGGAGACUACCAGACCAUGCAAAGGUGUGCGUCGAAGCCAACUCGAGCCACACCCGCUCUGUUCACCCAAACCAUGUUCGGACGGAGCAGGGAAGCAUGCCGGCUCUUUUGGGGGAAGUGGUGGCUGCCGUGGGCAGGCUUCCUGCCAUCGCUGUCACUGCCAGACUGCGCUGGGGGGAGGAAGAAGGGGGGUGGUGGGGGUGGUGAGGUUGAGGGGGAUGUGUUUGGGGCCCAGUAUGGGGCAGAGGAGGAUGGGGCAUAG